GGGGAAUGUCACUAGAAUGCCACGUGCACCGAUUUAGCAUCCUUGUGGUACAGGAUAACAUAUUUACUAAAAAGAAAAAUUUAUUUAAAAUCAAAAAUUUAUUUUCUGUAAACUUAUAUUAACUAUUAUAUCAGUAAUUUAAAAAAAAUUUUAAAUGAACAAUACUCUGUUUAGAAAAAUGAAGGUGGUUAUAUCACCUCGUCUGUAACAUAUAAGUUUCAUGCUUCCAUAAGCAUUAAACUUUUGGUAAACGUGUAAAGUUCCAAAACGUUGGGAAUCCCAUAAACUAUGUUUAUGGAAUUGAAUAAUAAUUACAAAGUUAAUAAAACUUUUAAUGUUAAUGAUUGAGUAACAUUUUGAAUACUAUUUAAUUACUAAACAGAAAAUAUUUGUAAUUACUUGCGAGAAUUUCCAAUAAACACACGUGCCAGGAUGGAAGACACAGAUAUUAUGGGAUUUGCUAAUCCUAAAGAAACAAGUGACAAUGAUGAAGAAGAUGAAAUUUCAAAAAUUAAAAAGAAAGCAUGUAAAAAAUCAGGGGGAUUUCAGUCAAUGGCUCUUAGUUUCCCUGUAAUAAAGGGAAUUUUAAAACGUGGAUACAAGAUACCAACACCUAUUCAACGAAAGACAAUUCCUUUAGCUUUAGAAGGCCGUGAUAUAGUAGCUAUGGCAAGAACAGGUAGUGGAAAGACAGCUUGUUUUUUAUUACCUAUGUUUGAAAAAUUGAAAGCAAGACAAGCAAAAGCUGGUGCGAGAGCUUUAAUCUUAUCACCUACUCGUGAAUUGGCAUUGCAAACAUUAAAAUUUAUAAAGGAAUUAGGAAAAUUUACAGGUUUAAAAGCAUCUGUUAUUUUGGGAGGUGAUAGUAUGGAAAAUCAGUUCAGUGCAAUUCAUGGGAAUCCUGAUAUAUUAGUUGCUACACCAGGAAGAUUUUUGCAUAUAUGUAUAGAGAUGGAUUUACAAUUGAAUAACAUUGAAUAUGUUGUUUUCGAUGAGGCUGAUAGAUUAUUUGAAAUGGGCUUUGGAGAACAAAUUAAUGAAAUUACAAACAGAUUACCAGAAUCUCGUCAGACAUUACUAUUUUCUGCAACACUUCCCAAAGUUUUAGUAGAUUUUGCAAAGGCUGGGCUGACUGAUCCUGUUUUAUUACGGUUAGAUGUAGAAAGUAAAAUACCAGAACAAUUAUCACUUUCGUUUAUAGUCUGUAGACCAGAAGAAAAGUUAGCAGUAAUGUUAUGUUUAUUAAAAAAUGUUAUUAAGAGUGAGUCUCAGUCCGUAAUAUUUGCUGCGACACAACAUCAUGUAGAAUAUAUUCAUCAGGUGUUAGAUAAGGCAGGAAUUUCUAAUACAUUCGUUUAUUCAAACUUGGACCCAUCAGCUAGGAAAAUAAAUACAGCCAAAUUUGAAACUAAUAAAGUUAAGGUACUAAUAGUAACAGAUGUUGCUGCUCGAGGUUUAGAUAUUCCACAUUUAGAUAAUGUAAUAAAUUUUAAUUUUCCUGCUAAAUCGAAACUCUUUGUGCACAGAGUAGGUCGUUGUGCACGUGCUGGCCGAACAGGUACUGCUUACAAUAUUGUAAGUCCAGAUGAAUAUGCUUACCUUUUAGAUUUACAUCUUUUCCUUGGUCGUCCCUUACAUAUCAUUCCGGCUUCUGGAUCUGUUGAGAACACGGAGGGCGCUAUAGGUAAAAUGCCACAAGCAAUGAUAGAGGAAGAACUUGCUGAAUUAAUAAAUUGGCAAAACAGUUCCACGGAUUUGCAAAAUAUGGAAAAAGUUUGUGAUAACGCAUAUAAACAGUAUAUAAGAUCUCGACCAGCAGCUUCUUCUGAAAGCGUUAAGAGGGUGAAGGAGUUGCACAUUGGCGAGGCAGGUGUUAUACCAGAAUACUCCGACAUGUCUUCCAACACCAGGAAUUUAUUAUCAAAAAUUCUAAAUUAUAGACCACAGGGGACGAUAUUUGAAAUUGGAUCCAAAGCAUCUUCUACCGAUUAUCAGGUAAUGAAGUCAAAACGAUCGCUUCAUAAAGAAAACAUUAUGAAUUUUCAUAGAAAAGCGGAGGAAUUAGAGGCUAAAAAAAGUUUAGAGAAUCAGACCAAAAAAGCGAAUCUUCCAUCAAGUACAAAUGACGAGAUAAGUUCAGCAUUUAACACUGUUGUUUUACCAAAGAAAAGGAAUGUCGAUGAUUUAUAUAAACCUAAAAAGAAAAAACGAUCUGCAGCGAAAGAUGACGAGUUCUUUAUUCCAUAUUUUGCUCCAGACAAACAUACAGAAGACGGAUUAGCAGUUAACUCUUUCAAUACGGAAGCAGACAAAGUUCAGAUGGAUUUAACUGCUGAUAACGAGGAAUCGCUACGACUCCAGGCACAAAUUAAGAAAUGGGACAGGAAAAAGAAGAAAAUGAUCACCAUAAAUAACGAUCGGAAGGCUAACAAAAUUCGAACCGAGUCAGGCGUUUGGAUUCCUGCAAGUUACAAAACGAAUCGUUAUUCAAUGUGGAAAGAGAAAAGUAAAAUCGACGCUAUAAAUGACGACGAUAGCGAAGAAGAACCCCAAGAAAUGCAAAAAUUGCUAACAACCGCGAAUACACAUUGGGCACGUCACAAUCAGAAACUGAAGGAGAAGAUUAAAACAAAUAAAGAACUAAAAAGACCAGAACAAAUUCUAAAGGCACGGAAACUGCUGGAACGAAAACGAAAUAGAAACGGUAGAAAAGGCAAAGGUCAAAAGAGUAGAAAGAAGUGAUAAAAUAUCGUUUUUUACUAUUCUGUAUAAAUCACUUAUGUAGAAUACAUUUUUCAAUA